AUGCUAGCACCGCUGGCGCGAGACCACACAGCUCAGGUGCGCUUCGUGGUGCUGACGGCGCUGAUGGUGGUAUUCGUGCUGGCCCUCCUGGCCGUCGUAAUCACCAUCACAAACCUUGACCCGAAGGGCAAGACGACGUCGCGCUCGGGCACUGUGCGAACCUACUACAUCGCCGCCGAGGAGGUCAUGUGGGACUACGCGCCCUCUGGCAUCAACCAGAUCACUGGUGAGCCCUUCGACAGCGUGGCGCAGAUCUACACGGCCUCGGGUCCCCAGCGCAUUGGCACCGUCUACAAGAAGGCCAUCUAUCGCUUCGACACGCCCAAACCGAUUGCCCCGCAGCACGCGCACGUCGGCAUCCUGGGACCCAUCAUCUACGCCGAGUCCACCGACGAGAUUCGCGUGGUGUUCAAGAACAACGCGAGCAUCCCGUUGAGCAUCCUGGCGGAGGGGGUGACCUACAUCACCGACAUCUACAUGCCCACUGGAAACGCCAGCGUCACCUCCGCCAGCUCAGUUCUUCCCGGCGAUCAACACACCUAUGUGUGGCGUGCGAGAUCCGGACCCACCAGCGACUCAGAUCCGUCGUCAUCGAUCUGGAGUUACUACUCCCAAGCCGACCCGAACAAUCCGUUUGCGGGUCUGGUGGGCGCAAUUGUCAUCACCUUCCCCGGCAAUCUCGUGCAAAAGGUGGAUGCAAAGACUGGCAUCACAUACAAUGCGCUCAACGACAUGGACCAGGAAAUCUUUGCGCUCUUUGCCACCUUCGACGAGAAUCUCAGCAACUUCGAGCAGUUUCUGGGACCCGAUUCAGGCGUCGACCCCUCCAACGCCGCCUUCCUUGAGUCGAAUCGCAAGUACUCGAUCAACGGGUACCUGUGGGGCAAUCUGCCGGUCAAUGUCAGCGUCACCAUCAACGCCAAGACCCGGUGGUAUCUCAUCGCCCUCAACGGACGAUCAGACACGCACCGACCCUUCUGGCCUGGGCGCAUGGGUGACCUCACUUUCAGUGAGGCGUCGUCAAUAUUUACUUUGGACGCCAUCACGCUCUUCCCCGGCGAGGAGAAGAUACUCGACAUGCGGGCCACGGCCACCGGUCGAACCGUUCUCAUGUGCCAGGUGGCGCAGAACGUGAGGGCGGGCAUGAACAUGGCCUACACCAUCGUACCAUGA